AUGUUGAACCUAAAUCUCUUCAAACCACAGUCUACUCAUCAUCAAAUCCUACUACCAAAAUACAAGCCAUUUAUCUUAGGUGGAGGAAAUGCAUCUUUUGCAAUCUUUCCGAAGUUUAUCUCCAUGAGAAAACAUGAAAAUAUUCAUGUUGGGCAGGUGAGAAGCACGAUAAAAGCGGUGAAAACCUUGACUAAGAAGUCCACCACCACCGAUGUUAAAGCAGUCAUCACUGUGCAGCAAACGGUGGGUGGAGUUCUCACUCACUUAGGGUUGAGCUGUGGACUCGAUUUUAUAGCUGAUGUUCUUGGCAGAACUCUCCUUAUAGAGCUAAUUGCUGCAGAGUCGUAUUUACCAACUGAAACACCCAGUGGGCUGAAGAGUUACAGAGAAAAAGAGCUCGAAAUUCUGCGAGGCAAUGGCACAGGAGAACGCAAGGCCUUCGAAAGGAUAUACGAUUAUGAUGUAUACAAUGAUCUCGGCGGACCCGACAACGGAGACGAAUUGGCGCGACCGGUGCUCGGCGGAGCCGAACAUCCAUUUCCUCGACGGUGCAGAACUGGACGGCCUAAAACGAAGAAAGAUCCAUUGUCGGAGUCGAGGAGCCUCAGUGUAUAUGUGCCAAGAGACGAGGCAUUUUCAGAAGUGAAGCAGAUGACAUUCUCUGCUAAAACAUUGUACUCAGUGCUUCAUUCAUUGGUACCGACGAUACAGACUUCUGUAAUAGACAGUGAACUUGGAUUUCCCAACUUCACCGCUAUAGAGACUCUGUUCAAUGAAGGAUUCGAGCUACCAGAGCAAAGUGCUACCGGAUUUUUGAGAAAUAUUCUACCCCGAAUUGUAAAGGCUAUUACAGAUGUCGAGAAUAAAAUCCUGCGUUUUGAGACACCAGAAAUUAUUGACAGAGAUAGGUUUUGUUGGUUUAGGGACGAGGAAUUUGCUCGGCAAACUCUAGCAGGAGUAAAUCCAUGCAACAUCAAGUUAGUUACGGAAUGGUCACUGAAGAGCAAACUUGACCCUGAGGUAUAUGGACCUGCUGAAUCAGCAAUCACAAAGGAAAUUAUCGAACAAGAAAUUGGAGGCUUGAUGACACUUGAGAAGGCAUUGGAGCAAAAGAAACUGUUCAUUUUAGAUUAUCAUGAUUUGUUAUUACCUUAUGUGAAUAAAGUAAGAGAGCUCAAGGGAACAACUCUGUACGGAUCGAGGACACUGUUUUUCUUAAUGCCUUCAGGCACGUUGAGGCCCUUGGCCAUUGAGCUAACACGGCCACCAAUAGAUGGGAAACCCCAAUGGAAGGAAGUAUUCCAGUCGUGUUGGGACGCCACUGGUAUCUGGCUGUGGAGGUUGGCUAAAGCCCAUGUCCUUGCUCAUGACUCUGGUCUUCAUCAAUUAGUCAGUCACUGGCUAAGAACUCAUUGUUGUGUGGAGCCUUACAUAAUUGCAAGCAAUAGACAAUUAAGCGCCAUGCACCCGAUUUACAGACUAUUACAUCCUCACCUUCGAUAUACAAUGGAGAUUAACGCUUUAGCUCGCGAGGCCCUUAUUAAUGGAAAUGGAAUCAUUGAGAAGGCAUUCUCCCCAGGCAAAUACUCUGGAGAGCUGUGCUCUGCUGCCUACGACCAACUAUGGCAAUUUGACCUUCAGGCACUGCCUGCUGAUUUAAUUAACAGGGGAAUGGCGGUGGAGGAUCCAACAGCUCUGCAUGGCCUAAAACUAACAAUAGAAGACUACCCUUAUGCCAACGAUGGUUUACUUCUUUGGGAUGCCAUCAAGAAAUGGAUUACGGACUAUGUCACUUACUACUAUCCCGAAGCAAAUCUCGUAAAAUCUGACAGUGAACUCCAAGCCUGGUGGACUGAAAUUCGAACAGUCGGCCAUGGGGACAAGAAGGACGAGUCCUGGUGGCCGGUGUUAGAAACACCAGAUGACCUAAUUGGGAUUUUCACCAACAUUGUAUGGAUAACUUCAGGUCACCAUGCUGCUGUAAACUUUGGUCAAUAUGAUUUCGCAGGAUAUUUCCCAAACAGGCCUACCAUUGCUAGAGCAAAAAUGCCAACAGAAGAUCCAAACGAUGCAGAGAAGGAGCAAUUUCUGAAUAGGCCCGAGGAGUUUCUCCUGGCCUGUUUCCCUUCACAAGUUCAAGCAACAAGUGUGAUGGCUAUUUUAGACGUUUUGUCAAACCAUUCGCCUGACGAGGAGUAUCUCGGGGAGAAGAUCCAGCCGUUCUGGGAAGAAGAUAAGUAUAUAAGAGCUGCAUUCAAACGGUUUAACGGCAAAUUGAAGGAGAUUGACGGUAUCAUUGAUGCUAGAAAUGCAGAUGGAAAUCUAAAGAACAGAUCUGGAGCUGGGGUAGUUCCAUAUCAACUUUUGAAGCCAUUUUCUGAACCUGGUGUAACAGGGAAGGGUGUGCCUAAUAGCAUUUCCAUUUGA